AUGAUUAGUGAUAAAAGUAAAACUCACGAGAGUUUACCCGUUUUACUGCAUAGUUAUCCGGAUAGCGUGAAUAAGAGCAACGGCUGUGAGUACCACUGCAUGCAAACCGAGCCCGGUUUGCAUAAUUUCGUCGAUGAUGAAUCGGGCGUGAGAGCCUCUUUAGAGCCGUUGAUUAGGUAUGCAGAAAAACGGGUCCCUUUAGACAGGCAUUAUAAAACACCAAUAUUUGUUUUAGCCACUGCUGGAAUGAGGAGUUUAUUGCCUGACGAAACUCGUCAAAUUUUGCAGAAUGUCGAAAAUGUAGUUCAAAGGCACGGGUUUAUGUAUAGGAAAAAUUGGAUAAGGGUUUUGAGUGGCAAAGAAGAGGCUUACUAUGGUUGGGUUGCAUUAAAUUACAAAAUGGGCCAUUUUCAGAGUUCAUCGAGUUUAUCAUCCACUUUGGGACUUCUCGAUUUAGGAGGCUCGUCACUGCAGGUCGUGGCUGAAGUAGAUUCUCCAACUGGGGACGAGCAUGGUUUUAGAUCGAAAAUUGGUCCUUUUGAGCACGAUAUUGUGGCGUAUUCUUUACCAGCUUUUGGUUUGAUUGAAGGUUUUGAUCGGACGGUAGUUAUGCUAAGCCAUACUCGAGCACUGGGGGAAAAUUUUAAUGGUAUGUUUCAAGUCAAGCAUCCGUGCCUUGGUUCUGGUUUCAUUCGAAAUUACACGUGCCGUGGAUGUUUCGGAGUAGAUAAUCAUAAUUCUCAUGCCUUGAAAAACUCGAACGAGUUGAAUUCCGUUUUUCUUGUUGGGGAACCAAAUUGGGAGGAGUGUGAAGUAAUUGCAAGGGCAACUGCUAUUAAUUCGAGCAGUUUAGAGCUUUUGACACGCAACAAUUAUCAUUCGGAUUGCAUGGGCUUGUUUUCUUAUGGAGGUCAGUUUGACAGUUGA